AUGGCUUCCUUCGUAGACAGCAUCGAGUACAAGCUCGAGAACAUCCCAGCGACAGCUGUUGCUUCGGAUGUGAUUGACAAGACAUUCCGCUCUAGCAGCAUUGAUCUGAUUUCUGGGACAUUGGGCGGUAAGAUACUUGCCUUCUCUGAUCAAUGGUUCGCCGAAGCCGCCAACCUGCUGACCCCCACUGCCCCCAUCCGGCAGCCGGGCAAGAUGGUCUUCACGGGAGCCUGGUACGACGGUUGGGAGACCAGACGCCACAACCAGGACCCCUUCGACUGGGUCAUUGUCCGCCUCGGCGUCGCCUCCGGUACCGUAGAGGGUGUCGAGGUCGACACGGCCUUCUUCUCCGGCAACCACGCCCCGGCCAUCUCCGUCGAGGGCUGCUUCAGCGACAACGACGAAGAGGUCGUCUCGUGGAAGGACGGGCGGGGCAAGUGGGAGACGGUCCUCGGGAUCCAGGAGUGCGGCCCCUCGCAGCGCUUCGGGUGGAAGCUCGCUGAGCCCACCAAGAAGCAGUACACGCACGUGAGGCUCAACAUGUACCCGGACGGCGGCAUCGCCAGGUUCCGGCUCUUUGGCCACGCGGUGCCCGUCUUCCCCGAAGACAAGGAGGCCAUCUUCGACCUGGCGGCCGCUCAGAACGGCGGGGUUGCCAUCUCCUGCAGCGACCAGCACUUCGGUACCAAGGAUAACCUGCUCCUGCCUGGGCGUGGCAAGGAUAUGGGCGACGGGUGGGAGACGGCUCGGUCACGCAGCCCUGGCCAUGUUGACUGGACUAUUAUCAAGCUCGGCGCACCUGGGUAUAUCCAGGACUUUGUCGUCGACACUGCGCAUUUCAGGGGCAACUUCCCUCAAAAGGUGGCCGUCCAGGGUAUUGAAUGGAAGGGAGAUGGAGAGCCGGACGAUAAGUCAUCAGGAUGGGUGGAGUUGGUGGCUCCAAGCAAGACGGGUCCCGAUCAGGAGCACAAGUUUGCCAGCAGCGCCAAGGAAGCUCCCUUCACACAUAUUAAGCUUAUCAUGAUUCCCGAUGGCGGUGUCAAGCGAAUCAGAGCCUUUGGAAAGAGACCACCCACUUUGGGUGCACUAUUGUUGAAGUACAACAUAUACCCGGCUUUUUCGUCGCAACCGCUAGAUCUAAGGUCUCUGCAAGACACACUGGCUGUUCCAAGGCCCUCAGUCCCCCCCUUGACAGUCUCUGACGACGCAUAUGAGAUAUUUCGGAAGAAUGUGCGUGCAGCUAAAAAUGGCAGGGAACUCAUUUUUCACCUGGUUCCUGCCCUCAUGGGUAAUGAAUACCCAAGCAACCAUUUCGUCUUUGAUGCACCAUUCGUGACGAUGGAUCCUUUGGGGGACGACAUACCAGCAGCCCAGCCGGAUCUAUACUGCGGCGAGUUCCCACAUCACAGCCUUCACAGGACAGUUCGUGAAGCUCUCGCCAAGCACAUAAACCCAUCACUGUCGCACAUGCUGCCAAUAGUCCCAAACUUCUUUUUGGAGUGCCAAGACUUGGAUUUUGCUGAGAGAGAUGAGAAGUCCCGAGCCCAGCAUGAUGGUGCCUUUGGAGCUCGUGCCAUCCACAGUCUGCAGAAUUAUGGAAACGAGGAGCCAGAAUAUGAUAAUCAGCCCUAUACAUUCUCAGCUACCUACCACGAGGGAAUUCUUGUGCUGUACGCCCAUCAUGUCACGAAGCCCUACAGCGAGGGCGAAUUACCCGAGUUUCAUAUGAACCAAAUCUAUACGGUUCACAUAUUGGCCAGUCGCGAAUCAUUCAUCGAAGGCAUAACUGCCUUCAGAAAUGCUAGGGAUGAGGCCCAAAAACAUCGAGACCGUUUCAUCGCGGCUGCGAACCGUAAAAGAGCCAGCCUGCAGGAACUGGCAGAUAUACAGGUAAAGCAGCUUCCCAACACACUUCAACGUCCCAAUGUCGGUAGUGAUACUCUUCGUCAGGUGACUAACUCCGUUCAACAGGCACACUCACAACCUGCUGCCGCCAGUACAGCUACUUUACCUCAGGCGGUACAGCCUUUCCAGGCCAUGCCUCAACAGCCUGGUGCCGCCAACGCCAACCCCUUCCAACACACAACCCCCAUCCAUUCAGAACUAGAAAACAGACAGCAAGUGAAUGAAGGGUCGACAGCCAUGCCACUGGGUCUUCCUCCAGCAACGAGCGCGUCCCAGAGAGCUGUACCUAGCCAAACUGCUACACGUCGUAAACGUCCAGGUCCUUCCCAGGAUGCACCCUCUCGGCCGUCUGGUAAAAAGACGCGUACAGGUCGAAGCCCGGCACCUGCCCCUCCUCCCAUCAUGGACGCCGAAGACUCCAAUAUCGACUUUGGCAGACCUCAGCGGAAGUCUGUCAUUCUGCCUCCAGAUCUUCCCAAAUCCCUAGACGACAGGCGGCAUGCUCCAAUCGAUACUCUGAUCCCCGAGACCGAGAUGUACGAUGGCUGGCAAGGCGAGUCUCAAUUCCUCACAACCCCGGCCGUAGCGAAGCCGCUCAACUUCGCAAGUCUAUCCCUCGACGAGCCGGCAUUCGACAACGAUGGGCCCAAAGACAGCGACACCCGGCUCAUGGAGAUGCUGGCUGCUCAAGCCGCCCACUCGUCGGGGCCGGAUCUUCAGGAUGAGCAAGCCAUCGCCAACGAUGACAAGAUGUCGGAUGAACAGAAGCGGGCCACCCUGCAAAAAUUGCUAAAUAUGGCCGCUAGCAAUGGCGACGUCGAGAAGGUGCAGAAACUCCUCGAUGGCAGCGCGAAGCCGUACAUUGACGUCAACGCCACGGACGAGGAUGGCACCCCGCCACUAAUCUAUGCUAGCUGUUUUGGUCAUGAGCCAGUUGUCCAAACUCUCGUUCUAGGCGGCGCAGACGUUAAUAAACAGGAUCGCAACCAGUGGAGCCCUCUCAUGUGGGCAAUGACGAAUCGCCAUAAAGGAAUUGCAAAGCUGCUCUUGGAUAACGGCGCAUCUUCUGACCAGAAGACAUCAUCUGGGAGGACAGCUGCCGACUUCGUCCCUCCCGAUAGCGAGAUGUCCACCUAUCUACACACAGCCGGCUACACGAUUGGCAGCGCCGGCGUGGUGGACGAUUUCUACAGCCCAGGUCUCUCUCAGGACCGGUUUGAGGAAGAAAUAAUGGAAAAUGAAAUGCGAAGAAGGCUGAUGAUGGAGAGCGCCAGAGAUCUAGAGGUCGAUCUUGGUAACGUCGGAAUGGAUGAUCAACCAGAGUCUGCCGAUGAGUUCGAGGAGGAACAACAAGAGUUCGAUUGGAGCCGAUGUUUACACGACCAGAUGUUCGUCUUCCAGGAACACGAGCUGGACCGGAUAUUGGAUAUCGUUAUCACACAUAUGACGCCACAACGAUCGCCAACUCAGAAGCCCGUACCCGCCAAUAUGAUUUUCCUCAGCGCUCGAUAUGCACAUUACCACUCAAGUACAGAGCUCCUGGAGCGGCUCCUCAUAACGGCCAUGGACCGUAUUAAUGAUGUGGUGGAAAGAUAUCAGUGGGAUAUGACGAUACUCGCAUUCUGGCUAUCUAACGCCACGCUGCUCUUACAUUACUUAAAAAAGGAUGCCGGGCUUGUUGAGGCUACGUCCGAGUUCCAGGCCCACUUGGCUGAACUGAUUAACGAAAUAUUUAUUCUCAUUGUUCGAGAUGCAGAGAGACGACUGGACAAGGUCCUAGAUGUGGCAAUGCUCGACCACGAAAUUAUCCCUGGUUUCGAGGAUAUCCAAUUCCAGAACGAGUGGAAAAUCUUCAAACGAAAACCUACUGUUAAAGAGGAACCGCUGGAGAAACGGUUUCGACCGCCGUCCCCGAAGCAAAGAGCCAAGCCCGCUCCUCGAAAUGUCACAUCACUCCUCUCAUCCACGUUGUUUGUCCUAGAUCUUUACGACGUCCACUCGGUGAUCACGUCGCAAAUCAUUUCUCAGCUCAUCUAUUGGAUUGGGGCCGAACUUUUCAACAGGAUCAUGUCAAACAGAAAGUAUCUAGCGAGGACGAAGGCGAUGCAAAUUCGGAUGAACAUCUCUAUUCUGGAAGACUGGGCCCGGACGAACAACCGGCAAGCUGAGCAUUACGAAGCCGGUGAAAUGAAGUCUUCAGGGGAGACGACUGCGGAUGCCGCCAGGCACCACCUUGCUCCUGUUAUUCAGAUGCUCCAGUGGAUUCAAUGUUUCUCUUCCCUGGCCUCAAACGAUCUAGAGGCUCUCGUGGGCACUCUCCAACAACUCAAGCGGCUCACCCCACAACAACUCAUACAUGCAGCUUCGCAUUACAGACUCGAGGUUGGCGAAAAGGGCCUGACGAAGAGCGCACUAAAGUAUUUACAGGCCAUUCAGAAGGAGGCGGCUCUUAAGCGGGACCGAAGACGUAGCAGAGCUACAUCGUUAGUAUCAGCACCGGACAGCAGCCCGGCAACUCCUGUGAAGAAGAAUCAGGCACAAGGAAACGGUGCAGAUACGCCAAGCGUGCAAGGCACACCGAAUGCCAAGGGCACAGAUGGGGCGGACGAGGAUUACGACGAUGCGCCGGAAAAUCUACUGCUGGACCCUGCGCUCAUGCUCCCGUUCUCGCUGCCCUCGGUAACAGACAUGCUGAUUUCCUAUGGCGCGGGUUUUGGAGGAGUGAACCGAGAACGGGAGCGCAAGUACAUCCCCACGGUGCCACCCGAGUUUCUCGAGAAGCUAGAAUUGAACGGCGGUCGGAAAGGGCCCAUGUUUGGAGAAAAGGAUUGGGAGAACGAGGAAGUAUGA